CAACAUCCGGGUGUGACCCAAUCCAUUUGUGUUUGUGAUGGUGGAAUUUUUUCAGUCCGAUUGCAUAUUAUUUAAUUUUUUACGCAAACUUGCCAUUAAUUCCCACGAUUUUGAUUGAAUAAAGGGGAAAAGAACUUCAAGAAAUUGUUCUCGUGGAAGGGAGAACGAAAGGGGAUAGCUAGCUACGCUUAUUGUGCUGAUGUUAGUGAGACGCCUCCAGUCAAAUCACAAUGAGUAACAACAGCAAUCCUUUGCGUCCACUGGCCUCUGUGUCAGAGAUUGACCACAUCCACCUGCUAUCAGAGCAGCUGGGCGCCUUGGUUCCAGGUGAAGAGUACAGUGAUGUCACCUUCAUUGUGGAGGAGAAACGCUUCCCGGCCCAUAGGGUCAUUUUGGCAGCACGAUGUCACUACUUCAGAGCUCUGCUGUAUGGAGGGAUGAAGGAGUCCCAGCCGCAGGCGGAGGUGACACUGGAGGAGACCCGAGCCGAGGCUUUCUCCAUGCUCCUCCACUACCUUUACACGGGCCGGGCUAGCCUCAGCUCAGCCCGCGAGGAGGUGCUGCUGGACUUCCUGGGUCUGGCCCACCGCUACGGCCUCCAACCACUAGAGGACUCCACCUCUGAGUUCCUGCGCACCAUCCUGCACACGCACAACGUGUGUUUGGUGUUUGACGUGGCCAGCCUGUACUCUCUGGGUGCGCUCAGUGAAGCAUGCUGGGCCUACAUGGACCGGCAUGCCCCGGAGGUCCUGGCCUCGGACGGCUUCCUCACGUUGUCCAAGACUGCUCUGCUGACUGUGGUACGGAGGGACUCGUUUGCAGCGAGCGAGAAGGAGAUCUUCCAGGCGCUGUGUCGCUGGUGCCGGCAGACCGGGGAGGGUGGCGCCACGCAGGAAGUGAUGUCGGCCGUGCGGCUGCCGCUCAUGAGUCUGAUGGAGAUGCUAAACGUGGUGCGUCCCUCGGGACUUCUCAGCCCAGACGACCUGCUGGACGCCAUCAAGACGCGCUCAGAGAGCCGCGACAUGGACCUCAACUACCGCGGCAUCCUCAGUCUUAUUCUUACUAUAUUGAAGUGUCCAUGGAUGAGCUGGAUUGGAUGCGUGUUGUAGACCAUUCCAAGUAUCUGUGUCGCUCUUGGCAGAACCUCUUCUUUACACCACGUGUAGCCAGGUACGUGCGCAUUGUAGGGACGCAUAACUCUGUCAACAAGGUCUUCCAUCUAGUGAGUUUGGAGUGUAUGUUCACACACCGCUCAUUCACUCUGGAAAAAGGUCUUCUCGUCCCCAAUGAGAACAUGGCUACCAUCGCGGCCUGUUCCAGUGUCAUCGAGGGGGUGAGUCGGAGCAGAAACGCCCUGCUCAACGGCGACACCCGCAACUACGACUGGGACUCUGGCUACACCUGUCACCAGCUGGGCUCUGGGGCCAUCGUCAUCCAACUGGCUCAGCCUUACUCUAUAGGCUCCUUAAGACUACUACUGUGGGACUGUGAUGAGCGAUCCUACAGUUACUACAUUGAGGUCUCCACCAAUCAGCAGGAGUGGACAAAGGUGGUGGACCGCACCAAGGUGCCAUGUCGGUCGUGGCAGACGCUCAAAUUCGACAAGCAGCCUGCCUCUUUUAUCCGCAUCGUAGGAACUCACAACUCCGCAAACGAGGUGUUCCAUUGUGUCCACUUUGAGUGUCCGGCCCAGUCUGACGCAGAGGUGAAAGAGGGUAGUCCUGGGCAGGAGUCCAGUUCCACGUCCCAGAACCCCAGACCUGUUCGGCCCUCCCGUACCCACAGCCUGCUCCCCUCCCUGCCCUCCUCAUCCUCCACCUCCUCACAACCCCACCUCUGAGAGAAAAGGAGAAACCCUCAAGGCCACCAUUUUGCACAACCUUUAUCUAUUACACAGGAUGCACUGCUAAAAUGCUGCUAAGCAUACUAUCCAUUUUGAUAAAAGAUUGGCUUCUAUUGUAAUGAUGAACAUGUUUUUAGGGCGCUCAUACAGUCCUCCCUGUCUGAAAUGAUAGGCAAUGUUGGGAAAAAAAGGCUAUGGAGUAAAUUUGUCCAUGCAUUUUCCAUGAAGAUAUUGGCAAAAAUUUGUAGCCAGUUUAAGGGUACUCAAUUAGAACUUUUCAAAGCCUAUGGUCCAGGUGCUAUCCAGACAGUGGAGGUUGAAGCAGUACUGCUUGUCCAAAGAUUAACCAAUGCAAUACAGCAGUGAUGUUGGCAAUAAUAUCACCUUAAUGUUUUUCUUCUCAUUUAAAAAAAAUGAACAAUCACAAUUGGAACAAGUUUUUACUUCUAUGUCCAAAAAUUAUAUUUUGACAUUUGUCAUAAUUUCUAUGCUUUUUAAGUAGUUUAUUUGCACUUGUUGGUUAACUAGAAUGAUCAUGUUCACCUAUUGUUUUUAUUUGCUGAAUUCAUUCGCUUCACCCCCCCUUGGGCUAAAAGACUAUUACUGUCUUGGCUUACAGUAGUAUGGCUGAGCAGCACUUCAAUGUCUUGCUUCAAAUUGUUUGGUAUAUUCCUAAGCGAUAUUUAUGGUUUCUUUGCAGAGUCUAACUAUAUUUGUCACUUUAUUGUUCCCCAUAUUUACUGUAAGAAAGUUGUCUAGGGCUUCUAACACAGGAAAACUGUACAGUGCUGGUAAUAGCUAUUUCCAUGAAUGGAUUUGUUUUUGUCAUUUUAUUAUCCUGACCUUUUGAGGAACAUUUCAAUUGCUGCUUGUGUUUACCUCUCACUUGUCUAUGAUUUUGUUUGUGUGGUUUUAUUUUGGCUCAACGAUUUAUCAAUGCUAUGCUUCCUAUCCUCCCUCACCUUUAGUUUCUUUAGUUUCCUGGCUCUUAAUAUGGCUCUUUCCUCUUUUCUUGUAUCUCCUUUGCUAUUUUGGUAGCUUUUGUGUAGAUUUGACCAAUCUUUUUGAUAUUUUCACAUUGCUGCUAUUGCACGAGGGAUGAACAUUGACUUAAAGUAAAUUACUGUUAGUAGAAAGCAGAUUACCUUUCUCAUAUCUAUAUUUUCCAUUCUCGUUCCUGAAUAGUUUUGAUUGCAUUUUGUUGUAUUUUCUUAGUAUAAUAACGUCAUUACUGUCAAUGUACUAUAUCAUCAUUGCUGGCGGUUGCUUGUGUGUUAUUCUAUAUCACUGCCAUAACCAUACAGUGGUAUUUCUUUUCAAAAGAGGUCUCUUUUGUAGAUGUUGAUAGAGAUUCAGCAGAAAUGCCUCAAUGUUUCACUGUUCAAAUAAUGGUGAUUGAUUUGUAAAGUCAAAGUUUGCACUACUCUAGUGGGCACCAAGAAAGUUUUUUUUCAAAUACUGCGUAUGGCAAAUGUUAGUGGCCCAAAUGUAUGGAAACGGCAUUAUGUCCUAUGACUUAUUUUGCAGUAAUUCGCUUUAGCAACCCUCAAACUUGAAAGACCAAAUGUUUUUAACAUUGCUGAUUAAUACAGGUGUUGAAUGCAGCCUUGGACAUCCAUCCUCAUGACACCCUACCAGCUGGCAAUCAAGCUUUUAAACAAUGCUGUAUUAAACUUGUCAUCUUGACUCAUGUA